AUGGAAUCCGGGGAUUCAGUAAGCUCGUUUAUAAUAACCGCCGCUCAAGAAUUUGAGAAAUGUUCGGACUUGGUGAAAACUCAGAGUAUUAUCGAGAGUACAGCCAAAGAAGUUGAAGUCAACAGAGUCUUAUUUUGUAAGGCUGUCAUGGAUUCUUUAUUUGAAAGUAAACGUACGGCUGAAGAAAGUUCAACAAUGAUAACGGACGUUGAACGUCUUGGACCAGUAUCGACUGAUAUCGCGCAAUAUAAGAAUGCGGUGGAAGCACUUUUGAAUUAUGUGAGGCACAACGAAACUGUUGCCAACGGUCUAGAAACGUCAUUCGGAGGGAUAUCUGAUGGUUUGAAGGGAUGUUCGAAUGAUAUACAGGAACACUUGAAUGCGCUUAACGCUAAAAAGGAAGAACUAGAGAACCUACGUCAACAUAAAGAAGAAUCGGCUAAAAAGAAGUCAUCUGGGAAAUGGUGCGCAGGAGGGGGUGGAGUUUCUCUAGCUGCGUCUGUCAUUGGUAUUAUUUUGCUGCCUGAAGCAGCAGCUGUUUACGCAAUUACUGCUGGUGUGGCGAGCUUUGCUACGGCUUACGGCGCCAAAACUCUUUCUGAUGCAGAUGCGCGUCUUGGGCAGCUUACAAAGGAGAUUCAAGAGUUGGAAAUUCAAAUAUCCAGCGAGAACGCUGUUAAAAAAUUACACGAAGCUCUGAAAAGUGCUACAAUAGGAGUUGGCCAAGCAAAAGCUUAUUGGCAAAAGCGAGUGGUUGAUAUUGAAGGACUUCUUAAAAAGCUUGACAACUAUGAACGACGAGGACAACAUCUCACCGAAUUAGAAGCAGAGGUUUUCAAGAAAAAGUGGCUAGACUAUAAAAAAGAGUGUGAAAAAUAUGUAGAGCAACUGUGGAAACACGUCAGAGAACAUUUAACAAUAAGGUUUUGA